UCGUGUGGGCUUUAGGCGAAUGGCAACGCAACGAUGUUGACGGCGGAAAACAUGAAUUUAAAGUGUCGUUUGUGUUUAUGCUCAGUGGGGAAUCAAAUAGAGUUCUGUGGAUCCCUUACUGAUAAUGGGUUUUGCGAAAUGGUUAAAACAGUUUUCCAUUUCCCGCUUCCAAUGGUCCAAACUAUUUCUGGUAGCAACUACAACUUACCAGUAACGGUGUGCCCACAAUGUUACACUACCAUUCGGAACUUUUACAGUUUUACUAAACUCACGGAAGCCAACCAGGAAAAAUUGCAAACAGAAUAUGGCAAUAAAGCUACUAGUUUGUCACAAGAUUCUGUUGUUAAUGCAACCGACGUGAAUCAUGACGAUGUACCUCCUCUGUUGAUGUGGGUUGAUGCUGCAGUCGAGAGCAAUCAUGGAUCCAACUUGGUGACAAGAAACACAUCCAAUGAAAACGGUAGCCAUUCGCGAAGUUCAGUCAACCAAGCUACGCCAGACGACACUGGCGAAAUUCCUUCUGCAGAAUGUGCUAUCAAAGUAAAUGCUACGAAACAACUUACAAAAGUUGAACGACGUGUAAGUCUGGUUACGGCAAAAAUUGACAUGCUUAUUCAAAGCAUAGGAAAAACACGCGUCGAGUCCAUUUAUAAUCGCUUUCAUCGUCUAUCUUUUGAGUUCAAUGCAACCGAAACGGAAGAUGAGCUUAUAUCUUUAAACAAUCAGUUGGAGGAAAAACAGUACAAGGAAAAAGUGUUAGGUUGGCUUGCAACCAAUAUCACCACAGUGGAUAGUGCCAAUCGCAUGAAUGAAGCAUUAGAUUUGAUUUUUACUAGAAAAUUUUUUGACGAAUGUAAUUGGACAGGAAAAAGUUCGAUUAGAGGCCAACAAAAAGUAGCAAUAAGUAAAUACACCAACGUGCUUGAGUUAUUCCGACUUAUUGGAACUACGAAAGACAACAGUGUCAACUCUAGUGAUCUUAAACUUUUUUUCAUGGGUAAGCUUCAGCGUUCGAAAAGUAGGUUGCAUUUAAACGGUAUUCGUAGAACAUAUUCACGUAAAAAAAUAUAAAUCCUUGCUCAUUCAUUAUAAAUAUAAUUCAAAAAUUGAUUCACCUCAUAAACAAUGAUUUUGUUUUUUUGGGCGGAGGAGAUCUUUGAAUGACAACCGGUUCCCGUGGCCUGCCAUGGGUCCACGGUUAGUGUAGGAUUCUUAUCGGCUAAAA